AUGGACCUCACAGGGGGGAAGCCGCUUUGUGGUAGCGGCGAGGAGGUCGGCGAGUACGAUCUUCCCCUCCACGUCGCGGCUUUGUUCAUGGUUUUAGCCGCCUCCAUCUUCGGCGCCGGUUUUCCCGUCGUUGCGAAGAAGGUCAAGUGGGUAAAGGUGCCGAAAAGGGCAUUCUUUAUUUGCAAGCACUUUGGAACUGGCGUGUUGGUCGCUACUGCGUUCGUUCAUCUGCUGCCCGUGGCCUUUGGGAAUUUGACAGAUCCCUGCCUCCCAGAUCUGUUCACCGAUCAAUAUCCAGCUCUACCCGGUGUCAUCAUGAUGGCCUCCAUGUUCUGUCUCUUUAUCAUUGAGAUGUAUAUGAACACAAAGAUGGGCGGUCACUCUCACGGCGGCCCCAUGGGCUUUGAGACGCAGCACUCUCACCGGCCCGAUCCACCUCGACGACCCCCAAGAUACACGAGCGACACCGAGUUCGAGAUCGAGGAUGUCGAGUACGAGAAAAAGAUGGCACAGAAGAUGUACGAGGAAAAGGUAAAGGAUUACCAGCGCGGGAACCCUUUCUCCGACCCCGAUGGUGUCCAAUCCGAGAUGCCGCCUUGGUUCAUCGUCUUCUAUGAGCAGUAUGUUCGCCAGAGACUCGAGAUGAUCAAUAUGAUCAAGGCAAGCUCCCAGCAGCAUGAAAGCGAUUUUUCAGCCAAGCGCCAGUCCGCUCUCACCACACUGGCAGACGGGAACUCGCCUUACAUUGACGUUGAGACGGGACAGGCGGUUGACCCGGCUGUGUACCGCAAGAUGUCGAUGAACAUUACUCUCCUCGAGGGCGGCAUCCUGUUCCACUCGGUCUUUGUCGGCAUGACUGUCAGCAUCACGAUUGAUGGGUUUCUCAUUCUUCUCAUUGCUAUCCUCUUCCAUCAGAUGUUUGAGGGUCUCGGUCUUGGUUCCCGUAUCGCCGCCGUUCCGUACCCCCGUGGCAGCAUCCGCCCGUGGGUGUUGGUUGUUGCUUUCGGAACAACCGCGCCAAUUGGGCAGGCCAUUGGUCUUAUUGCGAGGAAUUCCUACGAUCCCAACAGCGCGUUCGGCCUGAUCAUAGUGGGCGUGUUCAAUGCAAUCUCGUCUGGCCUGCUUCUGUACGCUGCACUUGUCGACCUGUUGGCUGAGGACUUCUUAUCCGAGGAAGCAAGUAGGACCAUGACGAAGAAGGACAGGAUGACGGCCUUCUUUUGGGUGAUACUGGGAGCCAUUGGCAUGUCUAUUGUCGGUGCUUUUGCAUAA